AAAUCGAGAGCUAGGAUUGAUUGCUCGCGUCUGGCCGCAGUUCUUGCCAUUGCCCCCUCCGGCGGGCAGAGACUUGCAAAUUAAGCCUCUUGCCAGCUUCAAACCACGUGGUCCCUUUGAAGUGUAUUUAUCCUAGAGAGCCUUAAUACAUAUUGUUUUUACAUAGAUAUGCAUUUACAUAUUUUAGCACCAUGUGUAAACUAUGAAAACAUGGGCUGAUAAUGGCUUGUCCCUGUCAUAUUCUUGCACUGUAGACAGGGCAAAAUAAACAUAGCUACCACAUAUGUACCACAUAACAUAGCAACCACAAAAAACCCUGAUUUUGGGAAAGAUUGAGGGCACAAGGAGAAGGGGACGACAGAGGACGAGAUGGUUGGACAGUGUUCUCGAAGCCACCAACAUGAGUCUGACCAAACUGCGGGAGAUAGUGGAAGACAGGAGUGCCUGGCGUGCUCUGGUCCAUGGGGUCACGAAGAGUCGGACACGACUGAACGACUAAACAACCACCACCACCACCACCACCACAUAUGUGUUUUAUCCAGGUGUUCCCAAAACACUGUGUUUUAUGUAGGAUUAUGCUCAGAGUUAAAGCCUUCUGCUUGGCACAGUCUGUUCGCCUGCCUGCCGCCUGGGUGAAAGUCUCCAGCAAGCAUUGGUCUCACUGGGCAAAGACAAACACUACCAGUGUGCAAAGCUACAGAACUGAGCAAAACAGCACUGGGGGAGCAGCUUAUCAGGCCAAGGGUAUGGGAGAAAAAGAACUGCCAGGCGUUUUGAUCUGUGAAAUAGGAGGUGCAUUUGGUGUACUGGAGAGCCAUGUGGAAUUCCUUAAGAAACACUUCAAGCUCAUCACCCUGAGAGAGUUUCACAGAAACAAGGAUGAACUUCGUGAAAAGAUCAAGUCCAUUUUUGUAUUUGAGUGCAGACCUCUCAUUGACCGGGAACUUCUUGAAAGCUUGCCCAGCCUAAAGGUGGUAGCAAACUCAGGGGUGGGAGUGAAUCAUUUGGACUUGAAACUGAUUUCGAGCUUUGGAGUAAAAGUCACCAACACCCCACAUGCUGUUUCUGACUCCACAGCAGACAUAGGCAUGGCCUUAAUGCUGGCAUCUGCAAGAAGACUAGUGGAAGGCUGUCAUAUUGCAACAUCUCCAGAUACCACACAUUUUGCGGUUGACUGGCUGGGAGUAGAAGUUACCCGGGCCACUCUUGGUAUCAUUGGGAUGGGCAGCAUUGGGUAUAAAGUAGCCAAGAGAGCAAAAGCUUUUGACAUGAACAUCCUUUAUCACAACAGGAACCGUAGGAAAGAGGAGGAAGAACAGGCAGUUGGUGCCACUUACUGCAGAAACAUAGAAGACUUGCUCCGACGGUCUGACUUUGUGAUGUUGGUUGUGAAUCUGACACCUGAGACGCACAAGCUCAUUGGGAAAAGAGAGCUGCAGCUGAUGAAACCCACAGCUACUCUCAUCAACAUCUGCAGAGGUGCAGUAGUUGAUCAAGAUGCCUUGGUAGAAGCGCUCAAAAAUGGAGUUAUUAAGGCUGCAGCUUUAGAUGUGACUCACCCUGAACCACUGCCAAGGGAUCACCCAUUAUUGCAACUGAAGAAUGUUAUUAUAACUCCUCACAUUGGAACUGCAACUGUGCAAGCCCUGCUUAUGAUGACAGAAGAAGCAGUGGAAAAUAUACAGGCUGUUCUCAAUGACCUCCCCAUUCCUAGUGAAGUGAUCACCCAAUAGUUUGAUGGAGAACAUUAAUAAUCAAUGGCUGGUCAGCAAAAGGACAUUAACUGCUAAGUAACAAUGGUGUAUGAGAAUCAAAACUCAUCCUACGUAGUUUUCAUUUAUGGCCUCCUAUUUUCUGUAAUUAUAUUCUUAAGUAAAAGAACUAAUAAAUGUUGCUCCAAGGCUUUUGAGCGCAACAGCUGGC